UCCCGCGGACCAGGCAGCGCCGUAACUCCGGCCGACGGAAGAACUCCCGGGACCUCGGGCAGCCGCCCCAAAGAGAAUAAGCCCUGUGAUUGAGACCCCAGCGGGGAGACAGAGAGGGGCAGGUCGAUUGUACUUUGAGGAAUGACGGCUGCUCCACGCAGCCUGUCGCUUGCUGACGGCAGACCUCCACCCUCCAGAAUUCACUUUGAGAUCUUUUCAGUUCUGUGUUAAGGAAAACUAAUCGUUCCAACUUCAGAUUAAUCUGCAAUUAAAUAAAGCAACAAAUUGGAAGAAUGCUCACAAUACGAACAUGUUUUCUACAGUUGUCACAUGCAUUCAAAGCAAAAACAGUGCUUGAGAGUGAGUUGUUUCAACAGUGCAUUGUUUCAGUCUGCAUUGUGCAUAGAACUUCUCACAAGUUAGCUUCUGUCCAGAGUGUCUUCAAACUUAGUGAGAAGAAGCAAAACAGUAUUAUUUUUCCAUUCAAAGACUUGGAAAGGUACCUGGUCAAAACUGUAAAAAAAAUGAAUUUUCAAAUAUUUGCUCCAAGUUUUGAAGAUGUUGGAAAUGCAGAACGAUUCUUCACACCUUCCCAUAAACACCAUAUCGAUUAUUUCACUUCUGCCAUCAGGAUUGAUCAUGCACCAACAACAGUUCAGCCAGAGGUGUGUUUUAUAGGCCGAAGUAAUGUGGGAAAGUCUUCAUUGAUAAAAGCCUUGUUUUCCAUGGUUCCUGGUAUUGAAGUUAGAGUUUCAAAAAAUCCUGGACAUACAAAAAAGAUGAAUUUCUUUAAAGUAGGUAAGGCAUUUACUGUCGUUGACAUGCCUGGCUAUGGAUACAGAGCACCUUCUGAUUUUGUGGAAAUGGUAGAGAGAUAUCUUGAGGCAAGACAGAAUUUAAAGAGAACAUUUCUGCUAUUGGAUGCAUCAAUUGGAAUCCAGGAAGCAGAUCAAAUAGCAAUUGAAAUGUGUGAAGAGUUUGGUAUUCCCUAUGUUCUUGUUUUAACAAAGAUUGACAGACCUCAGCAAGGCAAUCUGCUGAAGAUAAUUCUAGGAGUACAAGAAGUGAUAGAAAAACAAACGUUGGGGUGCUUUCCUCAGCCGUUCCUUGUGAGCUCUUUGAAUUAUUCUGGGAUUCAUCUGCUGAGAUGUUUCAUAGCUCAUGUAACUGGAAAUCUUCAGAUUAAUGAACAUAAUACCCUGCCUUUAAGAUCAGGAGUAAAUUCUGCAAAGAUAUGAAAAUUGAUUUCAGAGCAGGACCAUGUGUCUACAGUACCAACUGCUGAUUUGAUUUCACUGAACUACUGAAUACAAAUUAAAAAUUUUAAAAGUGAAAUUAAGUUUGACCUAAUUGAGAUUAUGUAUUCAUGGGAAAUAUUACAGAAUAUGUGUAACGCCUUGUGGAAAAUUGUAAAGUUUAUAUAUUCUGUUUACAAACUGGAUGUAUCCUGAGUGCUAUUUAAAUGGAAUCAAUUUCCAUUGUUCCUAAAAUGUAUUUCAUAGAAAUUCAUAGAACCUUGCUCCUUCACAAUUAUUCAAACUUCAUAGUUGCAUUUUUAAGGAAAAACUUUUGAAAGAUUGAAACAGUUGAAAUGUUGAAAGCUUUUUCCCAGAAAAUUACCCUUUAAUAUGCAUCAAGUGCUUUCACACAGAGUAAGAAAUUUAUUUUCAGUAGAAGGUUGCUGUUAAUGCAUUCAAAUGUGAAACAAGGCUAUUCAAAUGCUAGAUACAGUAGGACAUCUUUGCAGUGGGAAGCAUUUUAUGAUUAUCAUGUCAUUUUGACUGACAUUAUGUUUCAGAAUUACCCUGGGUUUUCUCUCUUUUGAGGACACAGUACGAUAUUCUAAAAAAAUGACAUUUGCAAAACAUUGCAUGUGCCAUAUUUUAAGCUUUCUGUUUUCCUUAGCUGAUCAGCCAAAUGGUCACUUAAAAUUUACAGGAACCUUAUAUUUGAUGCUCACUCUGGUUUUUUACAGGAGUUGUUAAGCACAGUACUCACUUUGUAUACUGAUGAAGACUAAUACAGUCACAUUCCAUGAAUUAAUUUAAAAAAGAUGUGUGUAUGUAUAAAUCCAAAGAAUGCUAAUAAAACUUGACAAAAGAAGAAUUGAAAAGCUCUCAUGGUGAUUCCUCAUCUUGCAUUGGGCAUCAUGUGCCAAUAACAAACCAUGGUCAC